UGCUGUUCACAGUCAAAGCAUCACUGUUAACACCAAACCGCUCCACGGAUCACGCAGCAUUUGCGUCUACGAAUUGUACACCAGGCCAACACCAGCAUCAACAACAUUUUAGCUGUGUCUUGUAAAUAGUCUUCCUUUUACUAAUUCACAAAAUAGAGUAAGAAACUUCAGAGGCUGAAGUUGUGCUACAAGUGCCAUUGAAAAACCAAGGGCCGACAAGUUAAACCUCUAAACAGAUUUCCAACACCAGUAGUAAUGGGUAACAGCAAGAGCGGAGCUGUGUCCAAGGAGAUCCUUGAGGACCUUAAACUCAACACCAAGUUCACAGAGACUGAGAUUGUCCAGUGGUAUGACAACUUCAAAAAGCAGUGUCCAUCGGGCCGCAUCUCGAAAGACGAGUUUCAGAAUAUCUACCGCAAGUUCUUCCCGGACAGCGAUGCAAACACUUACGCCCAGCACGUCUUCCGCUCCUUCGACACCAAUGACGACGGCACGCUGGACUUCAAGGAGUACAUCAUCGCCCUCCACAUGACUGCAACGGGGAAGACCACGAGCAAACUUGAAUGGGCGUUUUCGCUGUUUGAUGUGGACAAGAACGGAUACAUCACCAAGUCAGAGGUCACAGAAAUCUGCAUAUCAAUUUUCAAGCUGAUACCGACAGAUGAAGUGAACGACCUACCUGAAGAUGAAAACACACCUGAAAAGAGGGCAGACAAACUCUGGAAAGUCUUCGAUAAGGGUGACAAUGACCGAGUUGCAGAGGGAGAGUUCAUCAAAGGACUGUUGGAAAACGAAGACGCCCUCCGUUUGAUUCAGUAUGAGCCUUUAAAAUAACUUUUUUUAUCUGACUGAUCCAUUCCCCUCUUGUUCCGGUCUCUCUGUAAAUGCAGUGGCACCUGAUGGUAUCCUCAUACAAUGUGAACACAUAACUGUACAUAAUGCCCCUUGAAAAGUACUGACGCGUAACCUCCUACUUGGUUUUGUUGCCUGUCUACAUGUGCUGUCCAUGUUGUUUGUAGUUUGAAAUAUGAAGGAUACAAUAAAAACUGGGAAAAAGUGAAGUAGUGCAAACAGAUUACUUUGACUGUAAAAAUAAGUAUGCAAUAUGCUUGACAAGGAUCUGUAAACAGGUGUUUAUAAACUGCUGUCUUUCCAUUUUGCUGCUUAGUGGACAGAGACUUUCCUGACACUUAAACACAUACAUUUAUAGAUCAUGAACUUCUAAUGCAGCCAGUAUUUAGAGCAAUUAAAAAAGAAAUGAAGGUUUAUUUUGCUAUGAAGAUGCGUUCAAUUCAGUAGUUAAUUAUAAUAAUUAUUGUUAUCGUUUAUGAACCCUGACAGACAAACAAUAUAUAGGCUUCAUUACUUUAGCUUAAUUAGUCUUUUACCAUUUUCAUUUUAACCCUAGGGCACAAUUUUACAUGUUUGUUGUUUAUGUGAUGACUAUGAAAAUUAGCUUUGGUCCUGCAUGUUCCUUUGUAAUAUAUUCAAUAAAUGGAAACAAUAAAAUUCUGAUAAAAUG